ACCCAAUAACCCUGAAUCCUACUAACCCUAAAACUUCAAAAGCUUCGAGACUCUCUCAGUCUCUGUCACUCACAACCCCUAACCCUAAUAACCCCUCACGCUCCACCUUCCACAUCCCUAUCUCAAUCUCCAGCUCCCGCAAACCUUAAUCCCAAUCCGACUCUGCUCUUCGCGCCACCACCCCACCGCCGUUGCAGCAACAUCAUCCCACCUUCUCCUACGUGCCGCCUCAGGUCUCUACUGGACCUCCCUUCGCGCCUCCCGCCGCCCCCUCUUUCUGGCCGCUGUCUCCUCAGGCACCGCACUUCUCCCCGCUGCCAAAUCCAUCCGGAGGCGCUGCUCUGCCCAGCCUAGCCUGCCAGAAUCCGUCGAUUCCACCUCCUGGUGUUAGCUCUGCGGCUGCAAUGGCUCCCGGUGUCGCCUCUGCUGCCGGUGGCGUUGCGGUUCCGGCGUCUGUGCCGCACAUGCAGCCAAUGAUGUCGUAUCAGGCUCCCCCGACGUCUUCUCCUCCCUCGCUGCCCUCCGCUCCGGCCAGUACCGCAUCGGAUUCGGUACCAUCCUCUCCGCCGGUACCUUCGUCUCUGCCCUCAUUGUCGGAUUCAUCGCCAUCUACGCCGCUCCGUUCUCCCUCGACCCCGUGCCAUUCGUCAGAGACGUGCUCUUCUACUUGACGGCAGCGAUGUUCCUCUUCUACGUGUAUCUUGGCACGGAGAUCUUCCUGUGGCAGGCAAUUGGAUUUGUAGGGUUUUAUGCAUUCUUCGUUGGUCUCGUGUUCUAUAUGGACUUGGGAGUAGUUGAUGGCAGAGACAAGAGUGAGAAUUCUUCCACAGAUCUUGAGGAGCAGAAGGAAUUAGUUGCGGUGCACGUUGACUCUGACGCCAAGGUUUCGGGAUCUAUGAACGAUGAGAAGCGCAUAUCUGGAUUUCCGGGAGCUUAUGGAUUGUGUACAUGGUACUGUGCACGUUUUCUGAUUAAACUCAUUGCAUUGAUGUAACCAUGAUCAUUUUGAUUGUAUAAUUAAGAAUGAGCUAGCGAAUCGCCUUGCAAAACUGAGUCGCAACACGGCGUGAUGAAGAGUUCAGAUAAACCUCCGAAGGGGUCGAAUUCAGGAACCCUAGCUGCUGAAUCACCUGUUGUGAACAAUCUUCUCCUUCCCUAUCUAAGGUUUUUGAAACCAAUGGCUUCCUCUCCUCAUUUUGAUGAUCAAGACUUCGAUUUUGAAGGUGGAUUUUUCGGAACAUGUUCUGGUGAGAAGAGGCCCUCUCCUGAUUAUGAUGACGAAUAUUACGAUAAUGACCCUUUCGCACUCAAGAAGGCAAAAUCAAAGGCUGAAGAAGCUGCUUCUGGUGUAACCACUGGAAUGAUAUUGUCUCUUCGUGAGAGUCUUCAAAACUAUAAGGAUACCCUUGCCACAUGCCAACUUACGAGUAAUGAUAUUAACAAAGCCAAACUGGUUCAUCUCAGCCCCCAUAUGUUAUUUGAACAAAGAACAAGAUGGAGACUUGGCAUUACAGAUGAAGAUCAAUGCAUGUUACUCUUGGAUUUUUCAAUGUUUGCCUCAACUGAAGAAACUUUUUCUCCUAAAGAAAAAAGAAACAGCAAGAAUGUAUGGGGAUUGCCAAGUAAUGUCUACAAUGGGAGGCAACGUAGUUGUAAACUCAUCCGAAACACUUUUCUCUUCUCUGAUCCAAAACAACAGCUUCACCUUCAUGCCUACCAUGCAUUUUCAUCACUCUUUUCCCACCAUGAAGGAAGAAGACGGGAUCUUAUGAGGGAAGGAAGAGAUCAUGGAGAGCGGUUUAGGGAGUGAACAAGUUGAACAAUUAUGUAUGAUCUAAGGGAACGAAGUUUAAGAGGGCUAGAAGAAGGAGGAACAGCAAAGGACUUAGGAUUUAAGUUGUAUUAUUUUUGUAUUUUUCUUUAGUUUUUAGUUUUGGAAUUUGAACUCGAGAUU